AUGCCCGAAAAGCAGUUGAUUUUCGAUGACAACGCUCGACGAAGCCUGAUGAACGGCGUUAACCAGCUCGGGCGAGCGGUCGCCCUGACCCUGGGCCCCAGCGGCCGCAACGUUAUCCUGGGGCGCGUUUGGACCCUGCCCGUGGUGUGCAGCGACGGCGUCACUAUCGCCAAGGAAAUCGAACUGCCCAACCCCUAUGAAAAUAUGGGCGCCCAGGUGGUGAAGGAAGCAGCCUCCAAGACCAACGACGUUGUCGGUGACGGCACCACCACUUCCAUCGUGCUCGCCCGUUCCAUCAUCCAGGGCGGCUUCAAGAACGUCGCCGCCGGCGCCAAUCCUUUGGCCCUGAAAUCCGGUAUCGACCGCGCCGUGUCCGCCGUAUGCAACCAGAUCAGCGACCAGGCGGCCGCCGUCGAGAGCCGCGAGCAGGUCGCGCGCGUCGCCGCGCUGUCCGCCCACGAAGAGGCCAUCGCCGAGUUGAUCGCCGACGCCAUGGACAAGGUCGGACGCGAAGGGAUCAUUACCGUGGAGGAGAGCCGCAGCCUGGACGACGAGCUCGACGUCGUCGAGGGAAUGCGCCUGGAUCGUGGUUACCUGUCGCCGCACUUCGUAACCGACACCGACCGCAUGGAGUGCUCCAUCGACGAGCCUCUGUUCCUGCUCACCGACCAGAAGCUGUCUUCAGCCACCGACGUGGUACCCGCCCUCGAGGCCGUCGCCCAGGGCGGGCGUCGCCCCUUGGUCAUCAUCGCCGAGGAUGUGGAAGGCGAAGCCCUCGCGACCCUGGUGGUCAACAAGCUGCGCGGCACCAUCAGCAGCCUGGCGAUCAAGGCUCCGGGCUUCGGCGAGCGCCGCAAGGCUUUGCUCGAGGAUCUGGCGAUCAUGACCGGCGGCACCGUCGUCACCACCGAUACCGGGAUGCGCCUCGACGCGGUUUCUCUGGAACAGCUGGGUUCGGCCCGGCGCGUCGUGGCGACCAAGGACGAGACCACCAUCGUCGAGGGUCGCGGCCACGAGGAUGACAUCGCCGGCCGUGUCUCCGAACUUCGCGUACAGAUUGAGGAAACCACCUCGGACUACGACCGCGAGAAGCUCCAGGAACGCCUGGCCAGCCUCGCCGGCGGCGUUGCCGUCAUCAAGGUCGGGGCGGCCACCGAGCCCGAGUUGAACGAGCGCAAGAGCCGGACCGAGGACGCGUUGGCCGCCACCCGCGCCGCCGUCGAAGAAGGCGUCAUCCCCGGCGGCGGGGUCACCCUGUUGCGCGCCCAGGCCGCCCUCGACGGCAUCCUGGACACCGCAUCGGGCGACAUAGCCGUCGGCAUCCGGCUGGUGAGGGAGGCCCUGGAAGCCCCGCUGAACACCAUCGCCGAAAACGCGGGCUACAAGGGCGCAAUCAUUGUCGAGAACGUGCGCAACGGUGAAGACGACUUCGGCUUCGACGCCGACCGCGGCGACUACACACAGAUGGUCGACCGGGGCAUCAUUGACCCCGCCAAGGUCGCUCGCUCGGCCCUUCAGAACGCUGGCUCCGUCGCGGGCAUGCUCCUGACCACCCAGGCGGUCAUCACCGAGAUACCGAAGUACGAGCCGCUGCCCGCCGACAUCCAGGACUUCAUGCACGACUAG